AUGCCUCGGUAUCCUGGCCAUUUGUUUGUCGCCUUUGCACUGUUGAUCUCGACCCUUUCAGCAGCGCAAGCGGCAUUUGAUCAUGGAGAAGCACUCUCGCCAUGGAGCAUCCGAUCGGAACCUGUGCCACCGAGUUCACCGCCGAUCUCGAAUACGUCGCAACAGCACCCUCCGAACGCUACCAACGCAGUUCCGCAGUGCGACAAUCCUCCGUGUAGCAGCGGUCCCGCUUUCGUUCCGGCGCCAGAGAAUAAGCAGGGUGGCCUGAAUCAGACAAAGACGCCCGAAGCAAGUUCGAGCGCUGGCCUGGAUCCGAAGACGAAGAUCGCGAAUGCGACCACGCCAACGGUCACAGGACCUAGCACGACGCCAACAAACGGUACUUCGUUGCCUCCUCCAUAUUCGAAAGAGGAGCCGAAGGAGACGCAUCAAGCAACCAGCUCCAACGCCACCGCUCAAGCAGAUUCUGACAGUGGUAGCAACGAGGGACAGACAUCCACCAUGUCUGCACUUACGCCAUCCACGAAUCCUGCCAUAGCCACAACGUCCCUCGCUGCACCAACUCCUCCCAUAAAUACAGCGGCACCUGUACAUCCUGCCAAGGUGACCUUGAGCGACGGCGUCCUCACUGUUAAGUCUACAGUGGCUGCCAAUGCAGUGCCUUCAGGGGGUGAGACGACGACAGUGUCAUCUUUGUCGGUGGGUGUCGACUCCAAAGGCUCGCCCACCUCGAGCAUGGUCGUGCAGACGCUCGUCGUCGUCAAGGGUCCCAACACCACGAGCGUAGUUCAGGUAACAGCCUCCGGGCCAGAAAUAGGUCAACUCGGUAUUGCCGGGUCUGUUGGCGAGCAUCAAUUCAUCACCUCCGUCUGGUUCACAUUCUUCAUCGCAGCAUUCGUAGGAGCCUUGGCGUUGGGUGCAGCUGCUCUCUGA